AUGAAGACGUCCACUGUCCUCGACAAACCUUCGUAUCACCGGUUAUCCGAGGAGAAGGAGGAGGACGAGGAGGAGAACUCGCCGAACCUGGCCGGCAAGACGGGCGGGGACAACUCUUCCUGGCACCUCGGAUGGCCUGCCAUCAACCUGAAAGAUGACCCGCUGGACUCGGAUGAGCAGGCAGCCAACGAGGGCCGGCUGGCCCGAGACCUGAGGAACUCCAGGACCGCCGUCCGAAUAUGGCGUCUGGUCUCCAUGGCUCUGGCCGCGGCCCUGACGGUGUCGUGCUUCCUGCUCCUCUCGCGACACGACGACGGCCCCUGCAAGGCAGACUACCCCCAGCCCGCCGAAGGCACGGACAACGUCCUCAAGUGGAUGAAGGAGGCCGAGGUCGCCGACGGCCACUUCUGGUGCGGCAGCACCAUCGCCGAGGCCAAGCACCGGGGCUGCACCUUUGACAAGCUCCACAACCGGUGGAUGUCGCCCGUCUGCGAGCCCGACUUCGAGCCCGCCAAGAAGGCCGUCUUCGAGGCCCUCGGCGGCGGUGGCAGUGGCAGUGGUGGUGGUGAUGGCAGUGUCGGCGGCAGUGGCAGCGGCGGCGACGGCAGCGACGGCGGCGCGGUGCCGGAGUUCCGCUUCUACCGGGACGACGACGGCAAGCCGGGCGCCCGGAUCUCGGACGAGGAGCUCGACGAGCUCGAGGUGCUGACGCCGGCGUGGACGACGGUCGGGCACCACAUGACGCACUGCAUGUACCUGCUCCUCCAGGCGGCGGCGGCGCUCAACCUGGGCACCAAGGCGGACAUGGUCGUCCACGCGUGGGAGCACGCCAAGCACUGCGCGACGGUGAUACUCAACGAGACGCGGAGGAGCCCUGCGUGGGACGACGUGGCGAGCUUCGGGCACACCCAGUCCGGUGUGUGUUGGUAG